AGUUUUCCCGUCUGAAAAAUGAGCUUUUUGGAGCAGAGGUUUUCUCUGAGGUCAGUAAGAAGCUCGGGGAUGCUUAGUGAAGAGGAAGUACUCAGCUAGGAGGUUUGAGGAAGCGAGGUGGCAACAGGAAGAUCUGGGACCCACAGUCGAGGGGCGCAGGUGGCUCGAGCAAUCCAUGACUGCCGAAUGAUCUCCAAGACUCUGGUUUUUCAAGACCUGCAGGAAAUGAGUUGUCAUCCUGGCGGAGUCCAGCUUUCAGCAGUGUGGGAGGCUCAGCUGUGGUGAGCCAGAGACAGAGAAUGUGCGCCUCCCUUGCUCCCUUGGCAAACCCCAGAGAAGGCACCAACUGAGGCCAUUUUCACAGGAUCGUGAUUCUAGUCACCCAGAAUGAAGGGGACAAGUUUCCCAACCCUCAGCCUGUGGCACUCCGGGGUGAUCAGGAGCAGAGAGAGGCUGAGCCUUGGUGAUAAGCCCAAUGACACGUAUUGCUACAGCACCGUCAACAACACCAGCACUGUGCUCCAGGGAGUGACCUUUGGUGGAGUUCCCACUGUCCUGCUCAUAGAUGUCAGCUGCUUCUUGUUUUUAAUAGUUGUGUUUUCCAUAAUUCGAAGAAGAUUUUGGGACUAUGGCCGCAUCGCACUGGUGUCAGAAACAGACAGAAAUUCCAGAUACCAGAGGCUGUCAUCUUCUUCUUCCUCAGGGAAUUACGACUUUGAAUCGGAUCUGGGGUGUUGUUCAUGGCUAACUGCUGUUUUUCGAAUGCAAGAUGAACAGAUCCAGGAAUGGUGUGGAGAUGAUGCCAUACAUUACUUGAGCUUCCAACGCCAUAUCAUCUUCCUGCUGGUGGUACUCAGCUUCCUAUCUCUGUGUGUCAUCUUGCCUGUCAACCUCUCGGGUGAUUUGCUGGUUAAAGAUGCUUACAAUUUCGGGAGGACGACAAUAGCAAAUCUGCAGACUGGAAAUAACUUGCUCUGGUUGCACACCAUCUUUGCCGUCAUCUACCUGCUGCUGACCAUUGCCUUCAUGAGGCACCAUACCCAGUCCAUCAAGUAUAAAGAGGAAAACCUGGUGAGGCGCACUUUGUUUAUUACAGGACUCCCCAAAAACACCAGGAAAGAGACAUUAGAAAGUCACUUCAGAGAGGCCUAUCCCACCUGUACUGUAGUAGAGGUCCAACUAUGCUAUGAUGUUGCCAAGCUAAUUUAUCUGUGUAAUGAAAGAAAGAAAGCAGAGAAAAGCCUGAACUAUUACACCAACCUGCAGAUAAAAACAGGCGAGCGCACAUUCAUCAACCCCAAGCCCUGUGGCCAGUUCUGUUUCUGUGAUAUCUCAGGAUGCGAGAAGGAAGAUGCCAUCAUCUACUAUACCCGGAUGAAAGACAGGCUGCUGCGAAGGUUAUCCCAAGAGGAACACACUGUUCAGGAUCAUCCUUUGGGAAUGGCUUUUGUCACCUUCCAGGAACACUCCAUGGCUAACUUCAUCCUCAAGGAUUUCAACGCUUGCAAGUGUCAGGGCUGCAGGUGCAAAGGUGAGCCACAGCCUUCAGCCUACAGCAGAGAACUCAGUACCUCCAGCUGGACUGUAGCUUUCGCCUCCUAUCCAGAGAACAUUUGUUGGAAGAAUCUUUCUAUUCAGGGCCUCCGAUGGUGGUUCCAGUGGGCAGGUAUCAAUUUCAUCCUUUCGGUGGUAUUGUUCUUCCUGACCACUCCCUCGAUCAUUCUCUCCACCAUGGACAAGUUCAAUGUCACCAAACCCAUUCAUGCCCUAAAUGAUCCAGUAAUCAGUCAGUUCUUCCCAACCCUCCUCUUGUGGUCCUUCUCUGCACUGCUGCCUUCCAUUGUCUACUACUCUACACUGCUGGAGUCCCACUGGACCAAGUCAGGAGAAAACAGAAUAAUGAUGAUCAAGGUGUACAUUUUCCUGAUCUUCAUGGUGCUGAUCCUCCCCUCUCUGGGACUUACCAGUUUAGAUUUUUUCUUCCGGUGGCUGUUUGACAAAGCUUCCUCUGAGACCUCGAUCAGAUUAGAGUGUGUCUUCCUGCCUGACCAAGGAGCCUUCUUUGUGAACUACGUCAUCGCAUCCGCCUUUAUUGGCAACGGCAUGGAGCUCCUGCGGCUGCCCGGUCUCAUUCUUUAUACCAUCCGCAUGAUCAUGGCCAAGACAGCUGCUGACCGAAGAAACCUCAAACAGAAUCAGGCAUUUGAGUAUGAGUUUGGAGCUAUGUACGCAUGGAUGCUAUGUGUUUUUACUGUCAUCAUGGCUUACAGUAUUACCUGCCCCCUCAUAGUCCCUUUUGGUCUCAUCUACAUCCUCCUCAAGCACAUGGUGGAUCGACACAACCUCUACUUUGCCUACCUCCCUACCAAACUGGAAAAAAAGAUCCAUUUUGCUGCUGUGAACCAGGCCCUGGCUGCACCCAUCCUCUGCCUCUUCUGGCUGUAUUUUUUCUCCUUUCUGAGGUUAGGUUUCCGAGCACCCACGACCCUAUUUACUCUAUUGGCUGUGCUGCUCACCAUCGCCGCCUGCAUAGGCUACACCUGCUUUGGCUGCUUCAAGCACCUCAGCCCCCUCAAUUACAAGACAGAUGAAUCGGCAAACGACAAAGGAAAUGAAACAGACGGACGCCUGCCUCCCAGAGCUGCUAUGUAUGUGCCCAGGGUACUGAACAGCUUGGCUUCGGAGAGGACUUCCCUGUCCCCCCAGGAUCAGCAGACAUAUGGCGCCAUCCAGAACAUCAGUGGGACCCUCCCUGGACAGCACUCUCCAAAGCCUUCAGACUUUGCUCCUUCGUUGGAUGACUGAGAUAAACUUCACUCAAAAUGGGCACGACUGGAAUAGAACCUUUAGUCUGGCUCUGGGGAGAAGGAGAAGACAGACCGCAUCUUGGUUUCCAAGCACCUCAGCUUCCUUUUCCUUUUCUUUUGGUCCAUUUUAAGCACCAUAUUCCUAGAACAGGAUGAGCUUAAAUGGCUCACAGUCAGGGACCCAUCUGAGAGGAUUGUUAAAGUCCCUGCCCCAAUCUGCUCAGUGGACAUCUACCAGGUGACCAGUAAGAAGGGCAAACCUGGCUUUCUGGAUUCCUGAUAGCCCCUUUGAAGAUCGUGUUUUCCCUUCCAGCUCUGUCCUUUGGCAGUGCUGCCCCUGUGGUGCCAGCAUAUUUAGCUUACUGUCUGCAAUAAUGUACUUUAAUUAAGGAUUCAUGUUAGUAUUGUGACCCUGGACAAACAAUCCAGGGGACUGGAGCAAGUACUGGGAUUAAGAGACCAGGGCCAGGACAGGCUGGAGCAGGUUUCCUCCCUCCUGAGCCCUUGCACUAACACACAUAUCCAAGCACACACAUGUAUACCAAAUACAUGUAUUCCAGUUGUAUGCAAAGAGCUUUCAGAGACAAAGGCUGUUGGGUAGGUUUCCGAGUCAGAGGAAGGGGACUGCUCAUCGUCCAAUCUUCCCACUCUUGUCUUCCCACCUGCCAGGGAGUCCCAGUUUAUUCUGUGCUGAGUCUAGACUUUCCUGUAGCCCCCAGGGACAGAGGUAACGAAGGGGAAUGUGAGUUCAAAGCCCAUCUCUUUGGUUCUUGGUAGAGUGCCGACUCCAACCACAGUGCCAUCCCUCCCUGCCUACAGCUGCCUUACUGCUUCUGUUGGUUCUUGUGCUUUCCUACUGUUGCCUUAUAGUGUCAGUGACACUGCCAGCCAGUUCUCCCAGGGCAUGUGUUGUGAGAAAAAGAUAAUGGCACAAAGAUGAAACUGAUGGCCCCUUAAUAAAGCAUGGAACGGAGAGUGCA